CACCGUUGGCAUAACAACCGGAGGGGUGUGGAUUUGGUCAAAGAAAACCUUGGAAACGUGGAAAAACACGCUGUUUCCAUGGAAAUCUAAUAAAAAUAAUAAAUGUUCACGUGUUUAACUUUGUAAACUUUAUAAUAAAAGAAAUAAAAAAAAUGGCCACAAGAAAAAACUCAAAAAACAACAUAGCAGGAUUGUACGAUUUAGAGGAAACCCUUGGAAAAGGUCAUUUCGCGGUUGUCAAGGCCGCGCGGCAUGUUUUUACGAACGAGCGCGUGGCCGUGAAGGUCAUCGAUAAGCUGAAAUUGGACACGGCGAGUUCGAAAGCAAUUUUAAAGGAAGUUUUGUGCAUGAAAUUAGUCCAGCAUCGGAAUGUUGUGAAGCUUUAUGAAGUUAUCGAUACGAGUUCGAAGCUUUUUUUGAUUUUGGAGUUGGGCAGGGGGGAUUUGUAUGAUUUGAUUCAGAGGGGGGAGUUAUCGGAACCCACGGCGCGGCGCUAUUUUAUCCAAAUUUUCCAGGCCGUUAGUUACUGUCACAAGUUACACGUUGUUCAUCGGGAUUUGAAACCGGAAAACGUGGUCUACUUCCCCGACAACGACAAACUCCACGGGGGGAUGGUAAAACUCACGGAUUUUGGGUUUUCGAACAAUUACCGACCUGGUGAAAAAUUGGACACUUCCUGCGGAUCGCUCGCUUAUUCCGCGCCAGAGAUUUUACUCGGCGACGCUUAUGACGCGCCCGCCGUUGACAUCUGGUCGCUGGGGGUGAUUCUCUAUACGCUGGUGACGGGCCACCCCCCUUUUCAAGAGGCGAAUGACUCCGAGACCUUGACGAUGAUCAUGGACGUUAAAUACAAAAUCCCACCCACGGUUUCCAUGGAGUGCGCGGAUUUAAUUAAAAAAAUGUUGCAACGGUUGCCAGAGAAACGGAUCUCCAUAUUUGAUAUUCAAAAUCACGAGUGGAUUCGGGGGUGGGCGGAGGAGGGGGAGCAGGGGGAGGGGGAGACCCCCCUGAUAAACAAGUAUAAAUUAACCUUGGGGGAGAGGGAGAAAAUAAUCCAGCAAAUGAUCGAGGGGGGCGUGGUCAAGGGGGAGGAGCAGGUUGUUGACUCCCUGGCAACCAACGCGUAUAACUACAUAACCUCCACGUACUAUCUCUUAGCGGAACGGUUGCUAAGGGAACGAAGUCACAUGACAACAACAACAAACGACGAAAUAAAAAACCUAACCUCCAGUUUAGAAAGUUUAUCCUCGAUAAAACCCACGACCAACACCCGGCGAGCAUCAAUAUGUGGGGACGACCCCCCUGAAGCCCCCCCACCCCCACCUGAAGAAUCUCCUAAAAAACUCCCCCCUCCCACUCCCACUCUUCCGGAUUGAGUAAAUUUAAUAAAAACAAUUUCUCACCACAGCAACAGAUCUCUGAGGAAAUAGAAAUCGAACCGUUGCCACAGCAACCACCAGUGGAAAUUAAGAAAAAAUCAAAAUCGAAAAAGUCCACAUUUUUUAAUUGGCUUUUUAAGCGACAUAGUUUAAAUUCGAAUAAUAACAACAAUAGGAUUUAUAAAACGAGGUCCUGCUCCGAGUUGAAAAUUAAGUUUAACGUUAAUUAGCGUUUCCAUGGGAAUAAAUGUUUUUAUUGAAAAA